AAUAAAGAAUAAAAAAAAAAAAAAAUAAAAAGAGAGAAAAAAGAGAAAAUGACACUCAUUUUCUUGCCGGGAGAGGUCCCGAAGCAGCAGCAGGGAGGAAUUCCCCCCCCCGCCCCGUCUCUGCGGUAACGGCGGGGCCGCGCAGGGCGGCCGGUUGCCCGGGGCACGGCCGAACCGCCACCGGCCGGGCCGGCUCCUUGCGGUGGCUCUGGGCCGGGGCAGCCCCGGCACAGGGGACGGGAAGCGGGGCCUCGCCAUGUCUCAGGCCACUUACAAUAAGAUGUGGGCAGAUGCCCAGAAAGACCUCGAUAUUCAACUCUGCAAAGAGAGAGGAGAAUUCCUCCAGCCAGAGAAGGACCUCGUGAAAGUAUUCAAGUUGUUAGCCACUUCCUACAUCAAAUACAUGCAAAUCUUCCGUCACUUGGAGGCAGCCCAUGACCAACUUGUUCACCAGCAGAAGCAGGCAGUGAUUCGGCAGGUGCUAGAUGGGGUGAUUGGCCGGAUCCUGGAGGUGAAAAGAGAGAUGGUGAAGCUGGAGAACUCAGAGUUUCAUUACAUUGAUGAUAUCCUGGAAGAUCUAAAGCUUCUCCCGGAAGACACAGAAGUACCUAUCCCAAGAUAUUUCAUUAAAGAAAAGCUGGAAGUCCUGCAGCAGAGGGAGAAAACCCUUGAUCAGAUUUUGCUCGAUGCUGGAUUGCAAAUAGAGGAACCUGUCGAAGCCAUGACACCUGAAGAAGGUGUUAGAAUCAUCCAGGUUGCAGAACGCGCUCGCCAAGGCCGUCGUCGAGCAGCAUUCAUGAAGCGAAUUUACCUUAAAGAGAAUAAAGAAAAACAACCUAAACUUCAGGUCCAGAUGGGUCCAAGUCCAGACGAUGCUGCCACUUGCAUUCAAAAGGUUUGGCGUGGAUAUAUACAGCGCAAGAAAACAGAGAAAAUGAGAGAAGAGGAAAUGAUAUUUCUGGGGAUGAGCCUACCUCCUCACUUAGAGACAAUGAGCGUUUCGCAGAUGCACGCUAGGCAAGUCAAUACCCCACAAGAUGAGGUCCAGGAGACACACGAGGAGGUAUCCAUCAAGGACAAGCUGAGAGAAACAGAGGGGCUCUACAUCAAGAAAAAUUUCCAGGAUGAGAUCAGCCAGUGUUUCAUUGAGUGCCGGCAUAUCGUAGGCAAGUUUCCCGACUAUCCUAGUGAAGAGGCAGGAGGUUCAAUGACUGUUUUUGAUUCUCAAAAAACUGCAGAGCAGAUCGCUGAGGAACUGGCUGCCCAGAGGGAGAUGGCUUUGCAGAAGAAAGACCAAAAAGGGAAAAAAGAAAACGAAUCCAAAAAAAAGAAAGAAAAAGAGAAAGCUGGAAAGAAAGAAGAGGAAGAAGGCUGGAAAAUGGGUCCCAGUAAUUUCCUUUCAAUAAUGGAGGAGGGAAGCAGUCGAUACAAAGACAUCUGGCAGAACAGAGAUGAGCAAUGGGAUUUUCUCCAGGAUCAUGACCCGGAGCUGAUCAAAGAAGAGAAUCGGAAAGAUGUGGAGGAGGAGAUCAGAGUGCAGGUUGACAAAGUGAUGCAACAGGAACUGGAGAAUCUCAGACUGGCUGUGGAUGGAGAGGGGAGUGGCAAACAGAAAAAAGGGAAAAAAAGUGAAAAGAAAAAAGCAACAACUGGGAGGAAAAAGAUACCCGAGCUGGAGCAAGAUCUAACUCCUGACAGGACCAUCGAUUCUCUGUACAGAGAGCUAGUGGAAGAAGGAUUAUUAAUAAAAGCCAAGACUGUGAAUCUCUCCGAUUAUGUUGGUGAGUACAACUACGUGGGGACCGCACUUCUUCAGGCAGGUGUAGAGCCAAUGCCCUCGCUUGCACAUGUCAGACAGCUAAUAGCGCUGUAUGGAAUAUUGCCAUUAGGUUCUCAAACAGUCCAUGAAAAGGCUCCUUUGGUGAAAGCCUUGUUACUUGCUGGACCCGGUGGUGUUGGAAAGAAAAUGUUGGUCCAUGCCAUCUGCACAGAAACAGGAGCCAACCUCUUCAACUUAUCCGCUUCCAACAUCACUGGGAAAUAUCCAGGCAAGAGUGGCCUACUAAUGAUGCUUCACAUGGUUCUCAAGGUGGCUAAGCAAUUGCAGCCUUCAGUUGUGUGGAUUGGGGAGACAGAAAAAAUAUUUUCCAAAGGAGGGCGGAAGACUGAUGACGAGAUGAACCCAAAACGCCUGGAAAAGAUGCUCCCCAAAUUCCUACAGGCUGUGAAAGCACAAGACAGAGUGCUGCUAGUGGGAACCACCACCCGUCCCUUCGAUGCUAACCUUAAACCUUUCUGCCAAGUCUACCAAAAAAUUAUUCUGAUUCCUAGGCCUGACUACAGUUCAAGAUUAGUGUUAUGGAAACACAUCAUCCUGCAGAAUGGUGGAGUGAUCACCAACUUGUUGAACAUAAGCUGCCUAGCAAACCUGUCUGAUGGUUUCACCCAGGGACACAUCGUCCAGGUGGUACAAGAUGUCCUGACCGAGCUACGUCUCCUGCAGAUGACCAGGAAGCCACUGAAGACUGAGGAGUUUGUGACACCUCUGGCCAGACAGGACCCAGUGUACAAAGAGGAGGAAGAAUCAUUUAAGGCUUGGUAUGACAAGACACCGCUGGGUAGAGCACGAAUCAGAGCACUGGCAGACAAGGAGAAAGAAGGAAAGGGAAAAUCAAAAGCAGGAAAUAAAAAGAAAAAAUAACUUCUUCAAGAAUUUUGCAUCUGGCAACAUCAGUCACCGCUCUACUCCACUGAAAAGCUAGAGACAUUAGGAAAGUAAAAACAUCAGAAUAAUGCACCCUCAAGCUAUAGAUGUUCCAUGAAAGAUAAUUCCUUUCUGAAUGAGUUUUUAAAAGUUAAAAAAAACCCCAUACAGAUGACUCAUCAAUGUGACAUGUAGCUCUCAGAGGAUGAAGAGUUAAUGACCACUGACUUGCUCAAGCAUUAUUUAUUCUACAAGCUUUUAGGGGGCAGAGAGGUUCAUUACUCAGGACUGUAACAUGCCAUCAACUUUUAGGCUAUACUCAUUUAUUUCAGCAAGUAACUCUCCUUAAAAAUUGAUGUCACAUUAAUGUCUUUCAUUACUUUAAUAUCCUAUAUGCUUUAUAAAACUAACUGCUUUAUAUAUCUGUAAGUCUAAUGUGUUACAGUUCUCAAUAAAACUAUUACAGCUAUAAA